AUGGCGGAUCUUUUCCCACCUCUUGCGGCGGCACAAGUCGAUGCUAAGUCUAAAGUCGAUGAGAAAGUCGAUUACUCCAAUCUCCCUUGUCCUGUUCCCUAUGAGGAACUUCACCGUGAAGCUUUCAUGUCUUUAAAGUCAGACAAUUUUGAGGGUUUACGUUUCGACUUUAGCAAGGCUUUAAAUCAAAAGUUCUCUCUCAGUCACAGUGUAAUGAUGGGGCCAACCGAAGUGCCUUCUCAGUCAUCUGAAACAAUCAAAAUUCCAACAGCCCAUUAUGAGUUUGGUGCCAAUUAUUACGACCCAAAGUUGUUGCUAAUUGGAAGGGUCAUGACCGAUGGUAGACUAAAUGCAAGAGUGAAAGCCGAUAUAACUGAUAAGUUGGUUGUGAAGGCAAAUGCUCAGCUGACAAAUGAGCCCCAUUCGUCGCAAGCAAUGUUCAAUUUUGAUUACAUGGGGAAAGACUACAGAGCCCAGCUUCAACUUGGCCACAGUGCCCUAGUUGGAGCAACCUAUAUCCAGAGUGUGACACCCCGUCUAUCUUUGGGUGGUGAGGUUUUCUGGGCUGGUGUGCCUCGAAAGUCGGGUAUAGGUUACGCUGCAAGAUACGAGACUGAUAAGAUGGUGGCCUCUGCGCAAGUUGCUAGCACUGGUGCCAUAGUUAUGAACUAUGUUCAGAAGAUUUCUGAGAAGGUUUCGCUCGCAACCGAUUUCAUGUACAACUACUUUUCAAGAGAUGUAACAGCCAGUGUUGGGUAUGACUACAUUCUUAGACAGUCUCGUGUGCGAGGAAAGAUUGACUCCAAUGGUGUUACAUCUGCUCUCCUUGAAGAAAGAUUGAGUAUGGGACUCAAUUUUCUUCUGUCUGCAGAGUUGGACCAUAAGAAGAAGGACUACAAGUUUGGUUUUGGUUUAACUAUUGCAGCAGCGGUUUCAGCCUCUGGAUUCGGUUAA